CCUGGGAUGGCCUAUAAUUUUGUGAAAUGGACCGCGGGAAUCCCUUGCACAUUUUGGUUGGUUGCACUGGAAGCGUGGCCUCUAUCAAGAUACCUAAACUUGUAACAGGCCUUAAAUCGUUGCAAGCUAACGUAGACAUGAAGACCUGUGAAGUCAGUGUGGAGGUUGUUGCCACUGACCAUGCCUGUCACUUUUUUAAUCCAAAUGAAGUUGAUGUCAAAGUUCAUAGGGAUGCUGAUGAAUGGAGGUGGCAGAAACGUGGUGACCCUGUUCUUCAUAUUGAGCUUCGACGAUGGGCUGAUAUUCUAGUUGUAGCUCCACUUGAUGCCAAUACAUUAGCCAAGAUGGCUAAUGGGAUAUGUGACAAUUUACUUGUAAGUCAUAAGAUAAAAAUGAUACCCUGCAUAUCAAAGCAGUUAAUAUGUGGGGAUAGUGGCCUAGGUGCAAUGGCAGAGGUGAGCAGUAUUGUGGAAAAGGUGGAAGAAGUUUUUAUUGCCAGAGGAUCAAAAACGUGACAAACAUUUAAUACAUUAACAUUUGAUUCACUUCUUGGAUGGUUGCCUCAUUAUAUUAUAUUAUAUUACAUGAAAUGCUUCAGUAUUGGUAUGAUAUAUUAACUUGUGUAAUAAAAUGUUUUAACAGGUCAGUUAUUUCAUUGAAAUAGUAUUUUCAGUAUCUGAAAUUCUUCAUUAAUUUAUUACUUCCAAAAGUGGAUUUUUUAAGUUUUAAAGUAGUAUAGUUACAAUUGAAAUACUGAUAAAACAUGUCAGAUUCUUAAACAUAUGAAUAUACACCUCGACAAUGUGUAAUUAACAAGUUGGUCAAGAUUGAAAUGAUUCAAUUUUGGGAUUUCUUACUGGGCAUGUGCUAAAAACUAAAACCCAAAGAGGUCUGCCAAUCCUGUGGUUUCUUUAUGUGUAAACCAUGGGCAUAUUGUUGGGAUUAAUAGGCUUAAUAUACUCAGUUAAUAAAGUGAGGUUACAGAAUGAAGUAACUUUUAAAGUGGCAGUGUGUAAAUCUUGCUGUUGGUUUUUUGACAUUCAAAAAUGUUUUGAGAAAGGUUGUGUGGGGAUCAGCACAUAAAAGAGUGAAGUCUGAUGGUGUUUGAAUAAGAUUUUGGUAAAAAGUUAGUCACGGUAUAUAGCACUUUGAAAUACUAACUCUGAAUGUUUUUACUUCUGAUUCUUGGGAGAAAACCGUAUGCAAUUCCAACAUUAUUUGAGCCUGUCUUUUUGAGGAGCUAUUCACAUCAGAAUUAAUGUAUGUAUGACGAUUUCAUUUUGGUGUGGCAAUUUAUGAUCAAAGGAUAUUUACAAGUGCAAUUUCAUUUUUCAUUUAUGUAGUCAAUGGAGGUUUGUUGAUAUAUAUUUGGAAGGCACCCUUGCCUCUGUUUAUUUUAAAACAUACUGUUGUAGACAAGUAAAGCAUAUAGUCUGACUAUCUGUAUCAUGUUUAUAUUGAUAUAAUCUUUUUUUUUCUUUUUUUUUUUUUU